CCCCAAAACGGAGUACGUCACGGGGACGGGGCCAUGCGGCGCCCCCCCAACACCGUAUCACCAGCCGUUGAUCGAACACCACCAGAACAACAACCACGUGCAGCACCACCAGCUAGUACCGCCGCCGCCGACGUCGCUGCCGCUGUCGCAGGCCGGCGGUCACUUGCGCGGUGGUCAAUCCACCGGCGCCGCCGUUCUACCCACGCCCGUCCAGCCCGUCAACCCGUUGAGCACGGUGUACGCGACCAAGAGACGCCGGCGAAACGGCAAAAGUGUAAAAGCCACCCCAAAAGAUGGCGGCGUGGGCAAGAGCAACCCCAGCAAACGGCACCGGGAACGGCUGAACGCCGAACUGGACACGCUGGCCAACCUGUUGCCGUUCGAGCACAACAUCCUGUCCAAACUGGACAGGCUGUCCAUACUCCGGUUGUCGGUUAGCUAUCUGCGCACCAAGAGCUAUUUCCAAGUCACAAUGCACAAGUCCAAAGAAGAACAAGCCAAUGUUACCAGCUCCCAGUACCAGCGUUCGCGCACGUGCCCGGAGCCUCAUCACUUGCACUUGGACGGAGACAUGUUCCUACAAGCGUUAAACGGAUUUUUAGUGAUGCUCACCUGCGACGGCGAGGUGUUUUUUGCUACGCACACCAUAGAAAAUUAUCUUGGCUUCCAUCAAUCCGACAUCGUGCACCAGUCCGUUUACGAGCUAGUGCAUUCCGAGGACCGGGAAGAACUGCAGAGACAACUUAUGUGGAACUCGGCUUUACCGUCUGAACCAGGAUCCCCUUCCCCGUCCAUCACUCUGCACGAGGCGUUGCACCCCGACAACGGUCGCCUGCUGCAGCGCAGUUUCACCAUCCGCUUCAGGUGUCUUUUGGACAACACAUCCGGAUUUUUGAGACUGGACGUCCGAGGCCGGAUCAAAGUCAUCCACGGCCAAAACCGCAAGUCGGACGAACCCCCUCCGUUGGGCUUAUUUGCAUUGUGCACGCCGUUCGGGCCGCCUUCGUUGCUGGAAAUCCCGCACAAGGAAGUAAUGUUCAAGAGCAAACACAAGCUCGAUCUCAGCCUGGUGUCCAUGGACCAAAGGGGCAAACUAUUAUUGGGUUAUUGCGAUUCCGAACUGGCCAACAUGGGAGGAUACGACCUGGUCCAUUACGACGACUUAGCGUACGUGGCCAGUGCUCACCAAGAACUGUUAAAGACCGGUGCUUCGGGAAUGAUAGCGUACAGAGUGCAAACAAAACAGGGAACGUGGCAAUGGUUGCAGACCAGUUCCAGGCUGGUGUACAAAAACUCAAAACCUGAUUUCGUGAUAGGCACGCAUAGGCCGUUGAUGGAAGAAGAAGGCCGAGAUUUGUUGGGCAAACGGACGAUGGACUUUAAGGUGAGCUACUUGGACGCCGGCUUGACCAACAGCUACUUUAGUGACUCGGAUCAGCUGACGGGCACUCUGCCACCCGCCGCCGUGCCCACUAGUCAACCGCAGCCAUCGCAGCCCAGACGCCGGUACAAAACUCACCUACGGGACUUCUUGUCCACGUGCCGUACCAAGCGAAAACUUUCCGCGUCGGCUGCGGCCACGCCGCCGGUGACCGUUGCCGAGUAUCCAACGGUACAGGUGCCGUCCGUGCCACCGGUGGCAGCCCCGGCGGACGUGCUCUACACAAAUCUCAACACGGCCGCACUCUACUCGACCGCGCCGUACAACGGUACCGCCAUGCCGGACAACGGUGCAGGCUACCAAACGAAUUACCAUCAGACUUUGUACGACACGCGGAUACCCUACUUGACGACGACAGACAAUCUAUUCCAGUACAGGCCUUUGGGCAAUUAUUACACCGAGUACCACACGCCGGCGAGUACGCCGUACAUGGGACACGGUUUUUUGGACAUUAACCCUAGGGCACCGCCGGUCCAAUGCGGCUUACCCACGUAUGACCAACUGACCGCGGUGGCCGGAAACAGGGACUGCGACAAGUUGUACGGGUCGCCUCCUGUGUCGAUGGAACAACAACACCAGCAACAACAGCAACAGCAGCAGCAGCAGGGGUCGGCGGAGAACGACGUCUCUAAGUGCAUGGACCAGGGGACGCCGUACCUGAUACCGCUGUGCGACGUCCAGUUCCGGGUGAAGAGUUCCUCGCCGAUACCAAACGGUUUGAAAAUAGAAGACUCGAAAUCCGAGUACGGCAUGCAGUCCGAUUCGGACGCGCCUAGACAAACGGUACUCAUGUGGGGAACGUGUGUAGGGAAUUCGUCGACGUCGCCGAACCAAUCGCCGGGCGGUAGUGGCGGCAGUGGCGUGGGCAGCGGCAGUAGCGGAGGCGACGGCGGCGACUCGAGGACACCGCCACAGACCAACGGCCAUCCGCCGUCGCCGUAUCAGCUGCAGCCCAAGAAAAUGUCGCCGCCGUCGUCGUCGUCCGACGGGCUCAAGUCUCAACUGCUGACGGAAAUGCAGCCCGACACGCCGCCCAGCCCAGCGUACGCCAACCACCAUCAGUAUCACCACCACCAUCACCAGUAUCACCAACAUCUGACCGGGGGCGCUGAGGUAUGGACACCCCCGCACGCGCACCCACCGCACCACUUCUAUGCUUAUCACCACCACCACCACCACAGCAACACCGACAGCAACAGCAACAGCACGGAUGCCUAUCACGACUCGCCUUACCACAACAAUUAUCUGUACAAUCACAGUGCUCAUCAUCAUCAACCGGCUGUGCCUCCACAAUCGCAAUACCCGAGUCCGUCUCCGUCCAGAUUAAAUCACAGGACUGCAGUCCUCUGCUGUCCAUCUCGGAGGUAACCAACACACUGCUCAACCAAUGAUGAUGGUCCAGGCAAUCAGGAAAUAAUAAUAAGAUUACAAAUCAUAAUAUUACAGCUCAUUCCGGAAUGACUUUUUUUUCCCAAACCAUACACAUUUAACGUGGAAAAAAUAAAUGGUUUUUUGAAAAAAUUAUAUAAAUUAAUAUUAAAGUACCGAAACGGUUGAAUUUUGACUGGAUUAACAAUAACUCAAUGUAAACGUUCAUUCUUACUCACAGUAAGGUACUUAAUAUUAUAUUACUGCCAGUUCUAGUCUUGAUAUUAGUAGCUCCUCACGAAAAAAAAAAUAUUUAAUAAAAAAAAA